CCUCCAAAUGGCUUGGUAAACACAUAUUGGUGGCCAAAAAGCAGUGAUCCAAUUUCUCAAAAAAAUCGUUCUCCCACUGGGGCAGAAUCAUCUCAGGUGGUUAGGCUCGGGAGACUUCACCACACCUGUAGCAGCAGGUACAAUAGGCUUAAUCAUCCUCACUCUCGUCAGGUUCGAUUACUGAGCAUUCACUAGCAACCGACUCCAUUUUGAGGUUAUCAGGGGAGCAUGUAGCCUAACCAUUCCUAGGCAUUAACGUUAGUUUAUUCAUAAUAAGUACAGGUUUGUAGCCCAGUCAGAAACCCCAACUAUUUCAACAAUGUAUUUUUUAAAAUCCGAUUUAAACCUUAUGCCGGCUCCUAACCUUAAGACCAAAAGGCUACGUUUUGUUUUCAGAAUAUUGUUGUUACGAUAUAGCCAAUCUCGAUUUUGUGGCUGUGACAACCAAAAACUUUACUUGGCGCCACUUUUCCUGUUCGCGUGCAUCAAGAGUCCGCGUCAUCCUUCCUAAUCCCAUCCGGGUUAUAAUCUUUUUCGCAUUUACACGAAGUCGACGUCAGCUUUCGAGUUAGAACAUACGUGUCUAAGUAUUCCGUAGGACAAAAACCUUUUCAACAUGGACCAGGUAAUGCAAUUUGUGGAGCCCAGUCGGCAGUUUGUGAAGGACUCGAUAAGGCUUGUGAAGAGGUGUACCAAGCCAGACAGAAAAGAAUUCUCAAAGAUUGCCAUGGCCACAGCGAUAGGUUUUGCUAUCAUGGGCUUCAUUGGUUUCUUCGUCAAACUCAUCCACAUCCCAAUCAACAACAUCAUUGUUGGUGGUUGAAUAUCUCCCCUGGCUGAUUAACUACCUGCAACUGGACAUGGGAUUAAAGUGUUAACAUUUUUUGUAUAUUAUAAUUAUCUUCAGUUCAUAUUUGUUUGCUUUGUAAAUAAAUUUGGAUUAAUAAGAGA